AUGAGGUCGUCGAUUUCAACACGUCCAUUGCGGCGAGCGCUGGCGCCGUCAGCAUUGGCACAGCUUCCCCUUGCCGUCUCUCGGCUUUACUCGACACACCCGCCCAAUGCGAAGCUCAACAUCCCCGUCGACUACGCGACGACCUCAUUACUCGCACAUUCUUCUCAGACGGCCCUUGGCACAACAGAGCUUCCGCCUGAAGUGCGCAAUGGCACGACGAAGAAGAUGAACCUGUUCCAGGCCAUCAACGACGCCCUCUCGAUCGCGUUGGCCGAGGACGAUUCAGUCAUGGUGUUUGGCGAAGACGUAGCCUUCGGCGGAGUCUUUAGGUGCACGAUGAAGCUGGCCGAGACAUACGGUGCCGAUCGCAUCUUCAACACACCUCUCACAGAACAGGGCAUCAUGGGAUUUGCCAUUGGGGCGGCGGCGGAGGGGAUGCGGCCCGUCGCGGAGAUCCAGUUCGCUGACUACGUCUAUCCGGCCUUCGACCAAUUGGUCAACGAAGCUGCCAAGUACCGGUUCAGGGACGGAGCAUGCGGACGCAGCGUGGGCGGAUUGACCGUUCGGAUGCCCUGCGGCGGCGUCGGCCACGGCGCGAUGUACCACUCCCAAUCGCCCGAGAGUCUGUUCACUCACAUCCCCGGGUUGCGAGUGAUCAUGCCCAGGUCUCCUCUCCAGGCCAAGGGCCUCCUACUAUCAGCCAUUCGCAGCAACGACCCGUGCAUAUUUAUGGAGCCCAAGAUCUUGUAUAGAGCGGCCGUUGAACAGGUUCCUGCGGGAGCAUACACGCUGCCUUUGUCCAAGGCGGAGGUUCUUAAGGAGGGCAAGGAUGUCACGAUUAUCUCGUACGGACAGCCUCUGUACACCUGCAUGUCGGCCCUCCAGCGAGCUGAAGAAGAUCUGGGCAUCUCCGUCGAGCUCAUUGACCUGAGGACGCUGUACCCCUGGGACAAGGAGACGGUGUUCAAGAGCGUGCGGAAGACCGGCCACUGUAUUGUGGUGCACGAAGCGAUGGUGAAUGCUGGCAUCGGAGCGGAGGUUGCCGCCACUAUUCAGGAAGACCCUGACACAUUCUUGAGACUGGAAGCACCGGUCGCAAGAGUUGCGGGAUGGAGCAUUCACUCGCCGUUGCUGUACGAGAAGUUCAAUAUCCCGGACGUUGCAAGGGUUUACGACAACAUCAAGAAAGUGUUGGACUACUGA